UUUUAGAUCAACUAUGGAAGAACGCGAAGCUGAAAGUUCUACUCCAGGUUUAGGCUUAGUUCGAGAUGGAACACCUUGCGGAGAUAAUUUGAUUUGCAUUAAUCAGACGUGUACAAGUCAAUUUCCACAUAUGGAUGUUGGAAGAUGCCCUAGUAAUAAUGAUAAUUACGAAUGUUCAGCACACGGAGUAUGCAAUAAUUUGAAUAAAUGCCAUUGUGAUGGUGGUUGGAGUGGGCCCGAUUGUUCAUUAGAGCAAGAGCAACCCAUUGAACCUUUAACCAGCAGCACAGAAACAUCAACAGCACCAUCAGCAAAAAAUAAAAUGGAAAAAAAAGAAACCCCCUACGAGAACUACCACGGCUCAAACACUGUAUAUUUAGUUAUUACGCUCAUGUCGGUGGUAGGGGGUGUAUUCGUAGUAUUUGCAAUGAUGGCUCUCUGCUACAGGUCAGUCGUAGUACAUAAAAACUUCUCCCUCUGUCUCAGAAAGAAGAAUACGUUACAAAAGUUUGACCCACCAUACUCCAAGAAACAAGUGCAUAAAGGUUACAGUGAAUCACUCAGCAAUCAAAAUCCAGAAAUCGCAGCGUUGGAUAGCGUCAACAAAAUCCUUAAAUUUGGAAGAAUGCCACAUUACAGGGAGCACAAGCCACAGAUGAAGAGACUUGGACUUGAUGAUGAGGAUGGAGGUACGGGGACCGAAGAAGUUGUAUCUUUCAUUGAUCUACCACCAAACAGUCUCGCAAAGUUACCUGAAAAAGGAAUUUUAAAGAAACACGGUGGUUACGGUAUUGCUGGAAGUGGAACAAUGUCAGACGUAGAAAGAACACUAAAUAGCCUAAAUGGUUACCAUGAUGAAAUACUAGAAGCACUUAGAAAUGCUCAUCGUGGUUUGUCAAGUACGCCUACAAGAAGUGAAAACUUGCUGGACGAUGAAACAAUACGCAAAUCAUUAGUUGAGCAUGGAUAUACCAGCGAUACCUACCGAAAAGAUUCAGACAGUCAAGAUAAUAUGGGUCAACAGGAGGACGAUGAUGAAGAUGAUAUUCCUCCAACAUGUGGCACUAUAAGGAUUCGAACACUAGAAGAUAUUAUUCGGCAGUUAGAACAUCAUUCAACACGCCGUAUGAGUCCAGUAGAUUCAGAAGAUAUUCGAGUUUCAGAAAAUGAAACAGAUCGUCAUUACCGAAUGGAUUCUUCAGUAUGUAGUGAAUCAUCACAAGGAAGUAGAAGAUGUAGUCGCAGUCGCGACGAUGAUACUAGAUUUGUGUAUGGAAGAUAUCGACAACCUACCGCAAGAAGUCCAUUUGGAUCACAUCCUCAUUCACAUCAAUUGCAUGAAGAAGAAGGAAUAUAUGAGACUGCAGAUACUGAUAGAAAUUCUAAUCCAAGGGGUGAAACGCCAGAUAGUGAAAGUGAUGCAUUUAUUCAAGCUCAACAACAAUCAGCCCUGUGGAUGAAUGAGGCUAAGGUAUGUCAAGGUGCAUUGGAUCAAACGUUACCAGCCAUUCAAUCAGAAUUGUCAACUGAUUUGCAUCAAUAUGAGGAAUCUACAGAUCAACUGCCAAACAGUCAGCGAGGUUAUUAUCCAUCCCCACCUAACAUCGAAAAUAGCGUAUUUGCAAGUGAAGAAAUCACUUCUCUUUCAGAGGGCCAAGAAACCUUCUUGAAUAUGCACGGGUUCAACCUUAAACACAUGCAUCAUAUUAAAAGAAGCUCAUUAGAUAAUAAUUUUAGCUUAGAUUGUAAUAUAAACACUGAUUCCAUGAUUGCUGUAAGUACUAAUAAUACUAGUGAUAAUGAACAUACUGCCCUACUGCCCUCUUCCCAUUUCCCUGAAUAUAAACACUAAUUAUUGUUCAAUAAUAUGUAGUUCGAAUAAUGGUGUGACAUGAUCUUAAACUUGCAUUUUAUACUGGUUAGUGUAAAUAAUAAUAAAUUAUAAUUACAAAUAAAAAUGAUAUCCCAUUUCGUCAUUAAUAUGUAAUGUUUAUUAAUAAAAAACAAAAACAAAAUA